AGAAGGUUCAGCUCAAGGACUUAAAUACCCCUUCCAACCAUUCAUUUCUCCUCAAAACAAAUUUUGUCUCAACAAUAAAUCCUCACAUCCCACCUUUGAUUUCUGUGGAGAUUGAGAUAACAAGAUUUUUAUUUAUUUUUAAUAUACCCUUAGAUUUGAGGGUAUUUAUAUAUUUAUUGCAGAGGAAUCCAAAUUGUUCAGCGGACAUUUUAUCGUCAUGGACCCCGAAUUCUGGGCUUCGCGCGUCACUGCCGCCAGGCGAAAUGCUUCUCCAUACCCAGAUCAAUACUUUUGCAUGGAUGAUGCAGAGGGAGAAGAUGCCACACGCUUAGACUUCCUUUGCCCAUAUUGCUAUCAGGAUUUCGAUAUAGCAUCCCUCUGUUGCCAUGUUGAGGAAGAGCACUGCCAUGAAACCAUACAUGUGGCAUGUCCUGUUUGCAACACAAAUAUUGGGAUGGAUAUUGUUGGGCAUAUCACUCGGCAGCACAGCCACUUGUUCAAGACACAACGCAGAAGGAAAAAUGUUAAAGGUGGAGUACGGUCUAACUUACAUCCAGAUGCCUCCAUGGCUACAGCAGAUCCUUUACUUUCGUCUUUCAUUUGUGGUUUGCCUUCUAUGGAGACGCAUGAACCUCAAAAUACAUGUGCUACCAUGGAGGAAGGUUCAGCAAAGGAAUCUUCUGACUCACAGGCUAUAGUCAGUGCUGAUUCAUCUGUGCCUGAUGAGGAAUCAAAGCAAAUGCUUGAAGAGGGGAUGCAGCGAGCUGAAUUUGUACAGCAGCUGAUGUUGUCUAUCAUUCUUCCUGAGGAGUUUUAACGCACAGAAUUCUAUCAAAUGAUGAUCCUUAUUGGACGGUGACAGGAAUUUAGCUGCUUGAAAUUUCAUGGUUACACAGUAUGAAGCAGUGGGGAAGUCCAUUUUUAGCAAAUUGGCUGCAAUUACAUUUGAUUGUAAGUGCCUAAUUAGGCAUUAUGCUGGGUAUAAUAGUCAUAAAAAGCUUAGGUUGCUUUUACAAAUUGAGAGCUCUCUCAAUUCAGAGAACCUGCAGAGUUACUGCCACGUAGUGGUAUGACUACACCUGCUGCCAGAUGUAUCAAUCGGAUAUGUCUAUUGCUCACUGAGGUCAGCAAAUAGCGAUCAGGUUUAUAAGAAGCAAAUGUUUCUCUGAAGCAUCUCAAUUCCUUUUGAUAGUGUUGUAAUGAAGGAACAACUAUUAUCAGAGUAAAAUUUUCGUACGUCAUUGGUGCUC